CUUCCCCUCUUCCUACACCUCCUGUUACUGAAAACCCAUGGUCAGUAGAAAAGCUCCUUCUCUUUGAAUGACAGAACCACAGCAUAAUGCGUGGCUUCAAGCUGCUCCUCUUCUGGGGGUGUUGUGUUAUGGACAUCUGGGAAAUGCACACAGGACCCACACUGAAAUCAACAAUAAAAAGUGUGAACCUCAUCCCAGUGGUUGGGAAUGGAUCACCCUCCUCUGUCCAUCUUCCAGCCCAGAUGCAAAUAAAUGUAGAGAGACUACCAUGUGCCCAGCUUAUGCCACCUGCACCAGCAACAUGGACAGUUACUACUGUACUUGCAAACGAGGCUUCCUGUCCAGCAAUGGACAAAGACGCUUCAAGGGUCCAGGAGUGGAAUGCAAAGAUAUUGAUGAAUGUUCUCAAAGCCCCCAGCCCUGUGGUCCUAACUCAGUCUGCAAAAUCCUGUUGGGGAGAUACAGCUGUGCCUGUUUACAUGGUUUCUCUUCUCCCACUGCAAAUGGCUGGAUCUCAGGAAAGCCAGGCAAUUUCUCCUGUACUGACAUCAAUGAGUGCCUCACCAACGGGAUCUGCCCUGAGCAUUCUGACUGUGUCAACGUUAUGGGAAGCUACUUUUGCAGCUGUCAAAUUGGAUUCAUCUCUAGAAACUCCACCUGUGAAGAUGUGGAUGAAUGUCUCAAUCCAAGAGCUUGCCCGGAGCAUGCAACUUGCCAUAACACUGUUGGAGCCUACACUUGUCUCUGCAACCCGGGAUUUGAAUCCAGCAGUGGCCUCUUGAGUUUUCAGGGUCUCAGAGAAUUGUGUGAAGAUGUGGAUGAAUGUUCCAGGAACUCAAAUCUUUGUGGUCCCAAUUCUGUCUGCACCAACAUCCCAGGAGGAUACAAUUGCUCCUGCCUGCCCGGAUAUUUUUUGCCUGCUUCUCAGACCCUUAAAGAUCCACAGGCUUUUGGAUGUACAGAUAUCGAUGAAUGCAUUGAAAUGUGCCCCAUCAAUUCAACAUGCACCAACACUCCUGGGAGCUACUUUUGCACCUGCCACCCUGGCUUUGCACCAAGCAAUGGACAGCUGAAUUUCACAGACCAAGAAGUGGAAUGUAGAGAUAUUGAUGAGUGCCUCCAAGAUCCAUCAACAUGUGGUCCAAAUUCUGUUUGCACCAAUGUCCUGGGCUCCUACAACUGUGGCUGCAUUGCAGGCUUUCGUCCCAAUUCAGAAGGCUCCCAGAAAGAUGGCAACUUCAGCUGCCAAAGGCUGCCCUUCAAAUGUAAGGAAGAUAUGAUACCCAAUAAUGAACAGGCCCAGCAAUGCCAAGAGGGAACCACAAUGAAACCUGAAUAUGUCUCGUUUUGUGCACUAAUAAAUGACAUGUUCGACAUUCUGGACAAUGUGUGUGAAAAUAAAAGGACUGCAGUUUCCAUGAAGGUAAUGAUUGAGUCUUUUAAAUUGUGUUUCGAGUUUCAAAUAUCCUGGGCGCACACUGGGUGCAGAAAGACAUCUUUAUGGCCAGGUGUGGUGGCUCACACAGGUAAUUCCAGCACUUUGGAACAUACGAACUCCUCCUUUCUCUUUUCAGACAUCGAGAGCAAAGUUAUUGACAAAGAAUGCAGUGAAGAGAAUGUGACUUUGAGUUUGGCAGCUAAAAGGGAUAAGAUGAAGAUCGGGUGUUCCACAAUUGAGGCAUCUGAAUCCAGAGGAACCACUGGUGUGGCUUUUGUCUCCUUUGUGGGUGUGGAGUCUGUUUUAGACAAGCGCUUCUUCCACAACCCCCAGACUCCCUUGGCCAACUCUGAGGUGAAGCUGAAGAUGAAUUCUCGAGUUGUUGGGGGCAUCAUGACUGGGGAGAAGAAAGAUGGCUUCUCAGAUCCAGUCAUCUACACUCUGGAGAACAUUCAGCCAAAGCAGAAGUUUGAGAGGCCCAUCUGUGUUUCCUGGAGGACAGAUGUGGAGGGUGGGAGAUGGACACCCUCUGGCUGUGUGGUCCUGGAAGCUUCUGAGGUGCAUACCAUCUGCAGCUGCAACCACUUGGCAAAUCUUGCCAUUAUCAUGGCGUCUGGGGAGCUCACGAUGGAGUUCUCCUUGUACAUCAUUAGCCACAUGGGCAUCAUCAUCUCCUUGGUGUGCCUCAUCUUGGCCAUCGCCACCUUUCUGCUGUGUCGCUCCAUCCAAAAUCACAACACCUACCUCCACCUACACCUCUGCGUGUGCCUCCUCUUGGCCGAGACUGUCUUCCUCGCCGGUAUAGACAAGACUGACAACCAGAUGGGCUGCGCCAUCAUUGCGGGCUUCCUGCACUACUUUUUCCUUGCUUGCUUCUUCUGGAUGCUGGUGGAAGCUGUGAUGCUCUUCCUGAUGGUCAGAAACCUGAAGGUGGUGAAUUACUUCAGCUCUCGCAACAUCAAGAUGCCGUACCUCUGUGUCUUUGGUUAUGGGCUGCCAGGGUUGGUGGUGGUGAUCUCUGCCAGUGUGCAGCCACAAGGCUAUGGAAUGUAUAAUCGCUGCUGGCUGAAUACAGAGGCGGGGUUCAUCUGGAGUUUCUUGGGGCCAGUUUGCAUAGUCAUAAUGAUCAAUUCCAUCCUCUUGACCUGGACCUUGUGGAUCCUGAGGCAGAGGCUUUCCAGCGUCAAUGCCGAAGUCUCGACACUAAAAGACACCAGAUUGCUGACCUUCAAGGCCUUUGCCCAGCUCUUCAUCCUGGGCUGCUCCUGGGUGCUGGGCCUUUUUCAGUUUGGACCUGUGGCAGGUGUCAUGGCCUACCUGUUCACCAUCAUCAACAGCCUGCAGGGGGCCUUCAUCUUCCUCAUUCACUGUCUGCUCAACCACCAGGUACGAGAAGAAUACAAGAGGUGGAUCCCUGGGAAGACCAAGCCCAGCUCUGAGUCCCAGACCUCAAGGAUCUCGCUCUCCUCCAUGCCGUCCACUUCCAAGACGCUUAACAUGGAAAUGAGGAUCCCACCUGCCCCAGAACUCUCUGGGGAAGAAUGUUUGCAGCUGUCCUCCCACGAUUGUGUGCACUGAUGAGAAUCAGGGGUUUCUGCUCCAAAUCACCGUUUUAUCUUCUGUGCUCUGCAGCUUUUUGAAUUCCAGAGUUUUUGAGAACUGACCCCAAUUCAAUGGCAUGACGAAGGACACCUGGCCACCAUUUUGCUUUAUCCUGCCCUUCUUGGUGCGUGUUUCUAAGCGGGCCCUCCAGCGCCUGACACAGAGGACCUCUCAAUAAAUGACUUGUCAUC